AGCAACAAUACUGUCUGCAGGAACGCUGAUGGAAACGCACCUGACCAUAAACCCUUGCCCAGAAAAUUCCGUGCAAUGAAGCAGCACAGACCAGCUGCAGGUGCCUUUGCUUACCUUUUAACUUAAUCCGAAGAGCAAAGAAUAAAUAAUGAACUUGACAGACUCUGUUUGGCUCUUGGAAGAGCCCUGGAACCUCAGCCGUGUGGAGGAGGAGGAGGACGAGAAACUUUUAUUCGGGAUCGGCACGGAUAAUUUCAUCACGCUUCUGGUUUUCGGGCUCAUCUUUACGCUCGGCGUGCUGGGCAACUCCAUGGUGAUCACCGUGCUGGCCCGGAGCAAACCGGGAAAACCUCGAAGCACCACCAACAUAUUCAUCCUGAACCUAAGCAUAGCAGACCUGUCUUACUUGCUCUUCUGCAUCCCUUUCCAGUCCACUAUCUACAUGAUGCCCACUUGGGUGCUCGGUGCGUUUAUUUGCAAAUUCAUCCACUACUUCUUCACUGUUUCUAUGCUGGUCAGCAUCUUCACCCUAUCCGCUAUGUCAGUGGACCGAUACAUUGCCAUCGUUCACUCCAGAAAGUCGUCCUCUAUUCGGGUGGCGAAGCACGCUCUUAUUGGUGUGGUGGUGAUUUGGAUACUCUCCCUGGCCAUGGCUGCGCCUAUCAUGUAUUACCAGAAUAUUUUUCAGAGAGGGGAAAAUCACACCUUUUGCUGGGAAGUGUGGCCGGAUCAGAACCAAAAGAAGAUCUAUGUGGUUUGCACGUUUAUCUUUGGUUAUGUGCUGCCUCUGCUGCUCAUUUCUUUCUGUUAUGCAAAGGUGUUAAAUCACUUGCACAAAAAACUAAGAAAUAUGUCCAAAAAGUCAGAGGCAUCAAAGAAAAAGACUGCUCAGACGGUGCUUGUGGUGGUGGUGGUGUUCUGCCUGUCGUGGCUCCCUCAUCAUGUAGUUCACCUCUGGGUGGAGUUUGGGACCUUCCCGCUAAACCAAGCCUCCUUUGUAUUGCGGGUGGCUGCACACUGCCUGGCGUACAGCAAUUCAUCAGUCAACCCGGUCAUCUACGCCUUCCUGUCGGAGAACUUCAGAAAGGCCUAUAAGCAGGUGUUUAAAUGCCAGAUUAGAACCAGUGACUCCCCGCUCAAUGACAUCAAAGACAUUCGUAGCAAAGCGGAUACGCCGCCCUCAACUAACUGCACAAAUGUUUGACUUUUUCUUUUUCUGUUGCAUGGAUAUCGCGAAAGCUGUAAUAUUCCACAUAAGCGCUGUUAAUUUCACCUGGACUAGAGGGGAUAAGGCACCAGUGACUGCAGGACACGAUUACUGCCUCUUUGAUCCGGCUGUGAUUGCUACUGUACAUGUCAUCACUGAUGGAAAAAAAAAAAACCUGUCUGAAACUGAGAAAAAGUCAUCCUUCUUCGACAGUGACCUCUCUUAAAAUGUAGAAAGUGAGUUUAUUCAAAUCAAUGAAUUUAAAACUCUGCAUGAGGAAAAGAAAAACAAUAUUGGUGCAGGUCCAAUAAGUGGAAAUUUUUCAUAAAAAGUAAGAGUUGCAUUAAAAGAAGCAACACAUAUAUACCUGUAAUACAGUCUGUUUAAAAAAAUAAAUAAAUACUUGUAUGAUUUUGCAGGAUUUGGAUUAUUCAAUGAAGAAGUAGUAAAGGAUCACAAAAUUCAUGCAUCUGAUCCAGUGGUUGUUUUGCCAUCUUUGUUUCUUUAG